CCCUUUCAGUGUUCAAGUUUGAUGUUAAAUGAAUCACUGCCUUCCGAUCCAUUGGCUUUUCAAGUCCUUUCAUAUGAUAACCCGAUGAUCAAAUACAUUUUUCUGGCAACAAGUAUGGAUCAGAAAAGACACUGGAUGAGGGAGCUGAAGCGAAUGAUGCUGGACCAUUACACAGUGCAGAUACCGGAAAAAACUAAAAUGUUAAUGCUUAAUAUGGAUGAUGGCUGUGGCAGUUCGAUGAGCUCAUUCACUCAGCAAGGCCCAGCAGCGAAUUCGAAAGCGAGUAAGAAAAUGCCGAAAUAUCUGGAAAAACGACGGAAGAGUACUGAUGCCAAUCAAGCGCCUCGUCGGCCGCAUGUUCGGAAACGAAGUUGUUCGGGAUCCAGGAAUCUACUGAAAUCGGUGGGUCGUAUGUCGUAA